UUCCUUUAUAAGCCGCUUACCCACAAUUCCUCUUCCUCUUCCCCGUCUGAACCGCCGCCAUGAAGGUCGAGCUGUGCAGCUUUAGCGGAUACAAAAUCUAUCCCGGUCACGGCCGGCGAUACGCCAGGAUUGACGGAAAGGUUUUCCAGUUCCUGAACGCCAAAUGUGAGUCUGCGUUUCUGUCCAAGAGGAACCCGAGGCAGAUCAACUGGACCGUUCUGUACCGCCGCAAGCACAAGAAGGGCCAGUCUGAGGAGGUGUCGAAGAAGCGCACGCGUCGUGCAGUGAAGUUCCAGCGGGCGAUCACUGGUGCGUCUCUGGCUGAGAUUCUGGCCAAGAGGAACCAGAAGCCUGAAGUGCGUAAAGCACAGCGCGAGCAGGCCAUCAGGGCUGCAAAGGAGGCGAAGAAGGCCAAGCAGGCGACCAAGAAGCAGACAACCCAGAGCACCAAGGCUCCUGCUAAAUCGGCUCAGAAACAGAAGAUCGCCAAGCCCAUGAAGGUCAGCGCUCCCCGCGUCGGUGGCAAACGCUAAACUCUGAUGUGCUAAUAAAGAUUUACUGCUAACCUUCA